UCGAGUUUACACAUAGUGUCAACGAUGCGUGUCGGCGUGUGUUUUUCAAUUUUUCUGCUGUGCGCUGCCUUGGCUCACGCUGCCCCAGCGUCCAAGGCAACGGAGAAAAAGUCGCUGGCCGAAGACACGAAGUUCGAGUCCAAGAAAGAAGAUCUCAAGAUCGACGAAACAGGCGAAGACAAGGACAGGACCAAGAAGUCUGCUGCUACUUUCUGCGUUGAGAUACAACCAGGUAGUUCCCAGCCAACGCAAGUCUCUUGCAAGGAUAACCAAGUUGCUGCUCAGAAUACCCCUCUGACUAUUCAAACUGAUACUAUUUCCCAACCGAUCCAAGCUGUAAGCGUUGUUCAGCCAUUCAUGCAAACAAUCCCUCAACCAAACAUAGUGGUGCCUCAAUACAUACCCCAACCUUUUCAAACCGUACAAAUAGUACAACCUCCACAGCCUUGUGUCCAAUCAACUCCGUCCAUAAACGUUGUUCAAUCUGUGCCCCAAUCGAAUGUUAUUCACACGUCAAAACCAAAACCUAAACCAACUCCUGCUUCCACAGUAGAAAUAGAGACCACCCCUGAACCACCUAAACCUGCAUGUAUCGAACAACUUCCACAACCCCUACCAGAGCCGCAAGAAUCUUUCGCUGUCCUGCCAGUUGCUCCUGCAUUCCACAAAAACUUUAUUACCAUUCCAUCCAGCUCUAUGGUAAUGGUUCCUGAGGUUGAACAAGCACAACUCGCCACCAUUGUUCAAGUACCAUCAGUAUCUCCCUGUAGCAACCCACUGCACGGUAUUCUGAGUCCAUGCACUUGUCAGAAAAAUGUGGCUGUGAUGAGUGACUCCAAUGUAGAGCCCAUGACCAUGAAAGUGUUACCCCUUGCGCCAUACUCAUCAUCGUUCGCAAGUUCUCCGUAUCCAUUGGUGAUGCCAUAUGAUUCCAAGAUGCUGCCUCAGAUUCUAACGAAUGGUCAAGUGGAAAAACUAGGACCUCAAGGAAGAAAUAGGCACCAUACCACUAUACAUCUUCCACACUUUCCACAUAUUCAUUAUCCGCAUCAUGGUGUUCAGAACAUCUACGAAAGCACAUACAUCCAAGGACCAGAUGUUUCACCAAACUAUUCAUACCCUUCCAAACCUCCCACACCUUCCACACCUUCCGCUACUGGAGCAGCCUUGGUUAAUGGGGCGUACGGACCCAACACAGUCACUGUCAAUGCUUUUCCUCAAUUAGCAAGGGCAGCGAACCUAAUGAUGGAGCCUGGUUCUCUCAGACACCAUGAGAAUGCUUCGAACAGUCCAAUAGCCUCCGGAGCGAAUGAUCCUGCGCAAUCCACCAAGAUACCAAGGGAAGCCAAAUCGAGUCGAUCAUCGGCGAAAAAAACGGAAGAAGAUAAACAGCAAGAAACACAAACUGUCUCUAAACAGAAAUAGAAUCAAUUGCUAGUUGAAACGUAGUACUCGUGUAGAAUGCAAUGUGAAUUAAUGUUUUCUGUUUUUAUAUUUUGUUAAAUUCACUUUUGCUGAAAAAUGUUUCACACGAAUUGGAAACAUUUGACUUGUACAUGAUUAUCAAUAAAGUAACAUCUU